CACCCAUCCAUCACACCAGCAGCGUGCGCUCCCAGGUGUGGUGACGAUGACAACCAGGAAGUGUGUUAGUGUGUCAACAGCUCACAGAGAGAGCCGCUGUAGUCAAACUGUCCUCAGUCUGAAGUCUGAAGUCUGACACGAUGUCCCGACACGACGAGACCCGAUACUGCCACCGCUGCUCCUACAUCUUCCUCAAGUUCCUCCUGUUCGCUUAUGGCAUCAUCUGGUGGUUAAUAGGCGGCUUCAUCCUGGCCAUUGGCAUCUAUGCUGAGGUGGAGCGACAACGCUACAAGACACUGGAGGGAGUGUUUUUGGCCCCGGCUAUAAUCCUGAUCCUUCUGGGAAUCAUCAUGUUCUUUGUUUCACUCAUCGGAGUCGUGGGUUCACUGAGGGAUAAUAUAACCCUACUGAAAGUGUUCAUGUACACCCUGGCUGUGUGUCUGAUCCUGGAGCUGCUGGGAGGAAUAUUGGCGCUGGCGUUCCGCAACCAGACGGUGGACUUACUGAACAAGAACAUCCGAAGAGGCAUAGUGAACUACUACGAUGACCUGGACUUCAAAAACAUCAUGGACUUCGUGCAGGAGAAGUUUAAGUGUUGUGGAGGUCAACAGUACACCGACUGGUCCGUCAACAUGUACCACAACUGUACUGGACCUGGUCCAUUGGCCUGCGGCGUCCCUUACACCUGCUGCAUUACUACAAAGCCUAAUGAAGUUGCCAACACUCUGUGUGGGUACCAGGUGUUGACAAAAACGCGUUUGGAGUUGGUCCAAGUCAUCCAUAUCAGAGGCUGCACUUACGCUUUCUUCCACUGGCUGAUGGACAACUAUAAGAUCAUGGCUGGACUGUUGUUAGGGAUCCUACUACCUCAGUUUUUUGGUGUGUUAGUCAGCUGGCUGUACGUCACUCGGGUUGAGGACGCCAUCAGUGAGUACGGUCACUACAUGGACACGCAGGACUCCGGCAGACGUCAACAAGCAGCCAAGAGGCAGAGCCACAUGGCCAAGUGGUUUAAGUGUAUGCCAGAGAUCUGAUGGGGAGAGGAAAAACAAAAAGCAGCAAAUGGACUCAAGCUAACACUCAGAGUUGGUUAAAUCACUCCAGUCGAUCCAGAUAGUGCUGCAGCCAAUGGGGAGCCUGCAUUUGAACUGCGGGUUUACCACCUGCUCACUCAACUGUGGAGAAAGAAACGUUUGUUUUUUUGUAUUUUUGGGAAGAAGGAAAUGUUCAACCAGAUUAUUGAGAGUUUGAUAUUCAAGUGUUCCUUUUUCAGUUUUAUUGUAUGUACCAACACAAAAAAUGUUUGCAGAGCCCACUGUGGUCUUAAUUAUUAAUUUCUGUGUUAGCCUACAGUGUACUAAUGCAUGAGUGGGAAAUAAGAGCUUGUUUAGAUAGGAGGAGCUUUUAGCCCAAGAGAGUCUCAGGGAUAAACCAGUACAACCACUUUUGCUUCUGGUUUUAUAAUAUGACAUGAAAUUAGUCCGUUCAGUUCCAUCACACGACCACAAUAUGCAGCACUGACUUUUUUCUUACUUUUAUACCUGUGUUCAUUGUUUGUUUUUUGCUCGGCUCCUCCAUACAACCACUACUAUUGCCAAAAACUGCAAUGCAAGAUAUUGUAGGCUAAGACACUCUUUCUUUCAUCUGACAUUUUUGCCUUAUUUGUAUAUAGAACUGGAAAUACUUUGAGACUAAAUAUUAUUUUGAAAUUUGAGCCUGUAUAAUAUGUUUCUAUAUAGUACUACCCUGCACAUCCCCUUAUGACCACAAGUGCUCGCUGAACCUUCAUGAUGUGUCCAGCACAACAAGUGUUUGUGUCUAUGAUGCUCACAUUUUCUUCAUCAGAGCCUUCAGUCAAUUUACUGGUCUAGAGAGAAAAUUAAGGAGAAAAAAGCCAGAGUCUGCUUCAAGAUGAUCAGUUUUAUAUUGAUUUGAAAGAUGAAUGCUAAUGCUGUGCCACUGCCACUACAAGAGGAUGUCUGCAGGGUUAUUGUUAAGUACAGCAACCCUGUCUCCUAUACAUAUAUGUACUACUAACUACAAAACAUCGCAAUGCAAUUCCACCUGAUUUCAUUAUUUUUUUUAAUCAAUCUGACAAAAUGUUUUCAACACUGAGCAUACCUCAAGUUACAAAACUUUGUGACUUGAAGCACAACCUAUACAGUCCUGUGCUUUGUACGUCCUCUAUCCACCCAUAAAAUUAGAGCAUCCUAUAACAUUUAAUCCAGUGUGGUUUUUAGUUUUACAGAGAAAACCCUUGCACAAGUGCAUAAUGUGAAUUUAAUGUGCUUCUGAACUUUGUUUGAUUUGAUAUGAAGUUUAAAACUGAGACCAAAUACGUAUUCUUUUUGAAGUAGAUAUGUUUUAAUUCAAAUCUCCCUUUAUUUGUGUCUUUAUGUGGCCUUAUGUUCUUAAUGAUAUUAGUUUAUACUGUACUUACAACACUGCUAAAACAUGUUUUCAAACAUUUCAAGUUGGUUCUUUUCAGUCAUCACCGCUAUUCAACAGGAUGCAAGGCCAAACAGAAUUUACCAAGGUUUACACGUCUUGUUUGCACUGAAGGGUCGAAUAGAGAUCGCCAGGACUUUAUCCUCAUUAGUCACAUAUCAGAGCCAAAUAUCUAAUAAUCCAGAUUAAAUGAAUUCAGCUCAUGUUCAUCUUGCUGCAGAAAAGCGUUACUAACUUGUUGGGUUGUUCCUCACCCUGAUUCGUUCUGUUAGGCCUCGAUUAGAAAAGAGUCUUUUCAUGUUUAUGUUAUGUGUAUAUAAUCCGUUAGUUAAGGGUUUAUUUAAUAUGUGCUACAGUUACUACCUACGUCACUCCUACAGUAUGGCUGCAUUCACAUAGCAUCUGAUUUUAAGGCUUUUUGAGGCAUCUCUAUUGGUGUCAGUAAACAGGAAACGUCAGAUUCAACAUAAAGUAUGACCGUUUCUAGCUGGUUAAAUGUCUGAGUUUUUGUGUUUUAUGGCGUAAUGGAUUUGGAAGUAAAGACUUUUUUGUUUCCACCCAGGUCCCUUAAUUUGUCCGCCUCAUUAAAUCAGACAUAUCUAAUAGUGACGAAUUAAAACGACUGGCUAAUUAACGAGACAUCACACAUUUAGCAGGUUAUCAGGGGAAUUGGCAGUAUAAAUUUGUUUCAUCUUUUUUUUUCUUAAGCUAGAAAUGAAUUGACCCAGCUCUGAUAGAAAACACAAGUGCUCUUUACAUUUUAUGGCCUGUUUUCUCAUUAAUAAAAUAUAAUACUUAUAACCAAAAGAAAAAAAUCCCAUACAGUGACGCCUUUAAAGUGUACAGCAUGGAAGUGUUACAUGAUAUAAAGAAUAUUUCAGUGAUUGAAAUGAUGAUCUUUCUGUAAUUAUCACUAUAAUCUACAACCAAGUGCCAAUGGUGUCACUUUAAAGGAAUAAGAUGUGGACACAGAUGUAAAGUUAUUUUAUUAGUUUGCAAGGACAUUCAGUACACCACCCGUCUGUAAACCAUCAUUUGUCGUGGGCUAUACAUGAGUGCAUACAUUUAGUACAUGAAUGGCCUCACUGGGAAUUGCAUCAUCUGUUUUUAAAAGUUUGAUUUUUCAAAGUUUGAUGCAUUUCAGUUCAUUGAGUCGCACAAAACCACAUUUAUUGAAAGAAGUAUGUUGUCAAGUUGUUUUGCCUGGUUCAGGGUGUAAAAUAAAAUGAUUUAAUGCUGUUUAA